UGAAGGGACCCUUCAGAUCACAGCUUUGGAGACAGAGUGAAGACAAAAAACCUACUCACCAUCCCACCACGAGUGAUCAACCAACAGAGAUGGCAGAACUGGAAGCCAGAGUGAAGGCCUGCGAACAGAAGAUUGCAGAACUGACAGAAAAAGAGAAAACCAUCGUGGCAUUCAGUGCCGUGGCAGAUCAUGGUGGAGUCCAUGAAGCCUCCAGCAAACCGAUGCCUCUGGUUUACAACAAGCUGAUUACAAACAUUGGUGGUGGCUACAAUAAAUCUACAGGUGUGUUUGUUGCACAUGUUGCAGGUGUUUACUGUUUCAUCCUCUCCUACCACGCUGGAGGAAACAAAUAUGCAAACGUGUCACUGUACAAGAACGAACACCUGAUUGUUACUACAUCUGAUCAGGAACCCUCCAAAGACCCAACUAACAAUGGAGGAAAUGCAGUGGUCCUGGAGCUGAAGGAAAAGGACCAUGUGUAUGUUCGCAUGGGUGAAAAUUCUCAUGUUUGGGCAGGAGGCUACCACACCACCUUCAGCGGUUUUCUGGUCAGUCAAAUGAGAGAAUUGACCCCAGAAAAAUGAUUCCAGAAACCUGAGAUCAGUGAUGCAACUGCACUAAAAUUAAAAUGCAGGUUGAAACAGGUGACUGUUGAUGUCAUACUACUGUGUUUGCAACCAAAAUAAAUCAUCACUACAUGAGUCA